GAAAAACCUCACUGAGGAGAUGGCAGUGCUGGAUGAGACCAUCGCUAAACUGACCAAGGAGAAGAAAGCACUCCAGGAGGCCCAUCAGCAGACCCUGGACGACCUGCAGGCAGAAGAGGACAAAGUGAACACACUGACCAAAGCGAAAACCAAGCUGGAGCAGCAAGUGGACGAUCUUGAAGGGUCACUGGAGCAAGAGAAGAAACUCCGCAUGGACCUUGAAAGAGCCAAGAGGAAACUUGAGGGAGAUUUGAAGCUGGCCCAGGAAUCCACAAUGGAUUUAGAAAACGAUAAACAGCAGCUGGAGGAAAAACUGAAGAAGUAAGUAUGGAUUG